GGCGUUUAAAUAAUUAUUCCAGUCACAUGUGAUCACGAAAAGAAUAAAAUUUGGAAUACAAUGUACAUAAAUUCUAGAUUAUUAAAAUCAUCUCGUUUCAUUUGGCAAUUACGUUCCAUCACUAAUUCAUAUGGAAAUAAUAAACAACUGACUGAGGCUGUAAGCUUUAUAGCUAUUCAUCUUCGAAAUAAACAAUUGGUUCGAAUUUCUGGACCCGGAUCGUUCAUCUAUCUUCAAUCAUUGUUGACCAAUGAUAUGAGAAAAUUAUUAUUACCGAAAUAUGCCGAACAAUCUUCGUCAUCUGAUUCUCGCAAUCAAUUGAAUCCGGUAAUUUAUUCGUUUUUAUUGUCAGCUGUUGGUAAAGUUCUUUGCGAUUUAUUUGUUUAUCGGGGACGAUUCAUUACGGCAGAAUGUAGUGAUUACGAAAGCGAUGGUGAAUUUGUUUUGGAAGUAGACAAAAGUCUUGCCACUGCAGUCAAACGAUUAUUACUCAGUUAUAAUGUGAAUAAGAAUAUCAAAGUUGAAUUAGCUGAUGAUUUGAAUCUAUGGGCCAUAUUGCCUGCUUCAUUAUUAAAUAAACACUAUUCCGCUGACACUAUUGAUGAAACACUUCGUCCUAUUGAUUCAGAUGAUUUAAAAUUAGUCGCCGAUCCAAGAAUCGGUUCUAAAUAUUUUGGUUAUCGUUUUAUUACCAGGCUAGGUGGAUCUAGUUUGAAAGACCUAGGUCCAUACAUAAAAUGUCAAUCCAAUCAUGAGCGAAUUCGAUUAAUUGAAGGCCAAAUCACCGACUAUAUUAGGCUCAAAUAUCAACUUGGUUUGGCCGAAGGUCACAAUGACGUUAAAUCCGGUUUUUAUUUCCCAUUUGAAUUGAAUGGUGAUUUCAUCAAUGCAAUAUCGUUGGACAAAGGUCUCUAUACAUCGGAAGAGAAGACAAUAAAAAUCUAUUCCACUCAGCCAAUUAAGCAACGUGUAUUUCCCAUUGAAUUUUCUUGCCAAAAUCACACGUUGCGGCGAAUAUCUCCUGCACCUAACACGCUAAUUUAUUCAGUUAAUGAUCGUCGAAAAGUUGGCCAAUUGCAUAGAAGAAUUGGAAGAUUCGGAAUAGCUUCAUUAACAAUUCCUCUCACAAGCAACAAUAUUCCACGAGAUAUUGUCACUCAAGAUCUUUAUCAUAAUGAUACCGGUUUAAAACUUCGAGCAUCGAUCCCAAUUUGGUGGCCCAAAAAUUUUGAUCAAAUAUAUUUAAAUGUACCAAAAUAUCCGGAAUGUUUAUUUAAUUUUGAUAAUCAAAAUUCUCAUGUACAAUUAACUUAAAUUUAGAAUAAAAACAUAAAAAAUUGUAUAAAAUAUUA